AUGGCGUUCACCGGUGAGAAGGUUGCGGAUAAGAGCGGUGAAAGGGGACCCAAAUCGGGCAAGAAGGCGCGGGGGAGCGGUGGUUCGACCACGACUAGAAUGGCGUCAAAGGCGGCCAUGGAGCGUGUGAAGGCAGCUGAUAGGGAGAACAAGAAGCUGAGGGAGGAGAAGUUGGUGGCGGAGAAGAGGCUGGACGACCAGGUGGCCCGGAUGGACACACUAUUCUCCGUGGUUACCAUGGUCGUCGAGAAGCUCUCGUCGGUGACCGACUGCAUGUCCUCUCUCGAGAAGACGUCAGGGGCGAGAAUCGAAACGGCGGUGGAUGCUAUGAGGGUGAUCGUGCAAGAUGUGGUGAACAAUCGCGGCUCCCUCAUAGAACACAUGAACCAGAGGUGGCUGCUCACCGUAGAGGCAUUGCACUUGACGGCUACUACUCUGAAGGGUAGGCGACGUGAAGACGACGACCUGUUGUUGCGAGGUGUGGUAGAUGCUCUGGAGCUUAGGGACAACGUGGUGAAGACGGUCACCUCCGCGACCCAACAGGGCUUUGGUGCAGCCAGCGCAACAGGGGACACCAGCCGCCUCUUCUGCACCUGCAGAGGACCCUACCGCGACUGGCACCAAAUCCCCGGCGACGGGAAGCAGAAGCGCAAGAGCAAGGCGAAGGCUGGCUCUUCCAAGGGGACGGCCAAAGCGGCUCCGCAGGGUCGGAAGGGUUCAGGCGUCCGUGUUGACAAGGAGACGGGGCUGGCCGUGGCGGAGAUGAAGUUUGGCAGAAAGAGCCGUUACAUUUGCCGGUCGAUGGACAAGACGGAGGCUGCCUACUGCAUCGUGGUCGCCGUGUCAGCAUUCGACGGCUACGUGAGCGACGUGAUACUCGGCAAGUUCGGUUGUGUCAAGGAGGAUGUGAUGAAGCAGUAUGAGUCAGACAGGGAUGUGGCGCGAUUGAUGUCGGGCGGCAUGUGGAUGGUCAUGUGGAGCCGUGGAGCAAACCUAUUCCGCGACAGGUUCCAAGACGUGGUCAACGAGUACAACAGGAUCUUCGACGACCGUGCAGCUCUCAUGGUGGCUCUUCGUCAUGCGUUGUGGUUCCGCGGCCUUCCGGAGUCGACCAAGGACGAGGAGGCCGCAAAAAAGAAGAUGACCAAUGCCAUGGUGGAGGCCAUGGCCGGCGAAGGAGGGGCGGCAGCGACUGUGCGCGGAGCGUCCUCUGAGUUCGCGCAUCGGUGUAAGAGCGUCAUCGAGGUGGUGCUUCAACGGGCGCCGUCCCAUCAGGCCGGCGAAGAGGAAGUCGCUGACAUGGUGAAGAAGGCUAUGAAAGAGGAUGCGCUGCGCUUUCUGCCUCAGAACGGGGACGAGCAAGACCACGACGAGGUGAUCGCCCGUGUCAUGACCGAGAACCUCGCCUUCUGGGGGGACAGCAGUGUCGACGGCCCUAAACUCAAAGCUUGCGGUGUCGUGUUGCCUACUAACGCCGAGAUGAAGACGAUCAUUCGGGACAAGGGGCCGAGGGGGCAGCACAAAGGGAAGCAGGCGGUCGACGCCUAG